AGAGCGUGAACGGCGGCGAGGGCAUCAUGUCAAUUCCCGGCGCAGAAGACAGCAUCGACCCGUCGACCUUCGAGCAGAUCCUCGAGAUGGACGAGGACGAGGUCGAGCGCGAGUUCUCCAAGAGCAUCGUCUACGACUUCUUCACCCAGGCCGAGGGCACCUUCACCAAGAUGGACACCAACCUCGACAAGAAGGACCUCAAGACGCUUAGCGAGCUCGGCCACUUCCUCAAGGGCUCGUCUGCGACGCUCGGCCUGACCAAGGUCAAGGACUCGUGCGAGAAGAUCCAGCACUACGGCCAGUUGAAGGACGAGACAGGUACAAAAGACAUCAAGGAGGAGGAGGCCCUGAAGAAGCUGGAGACGAUCAUUAAGCAGACCAAGGACGAGUUCCACGAGGUCGAGAAGGUGCUCAAGGAGUUCUACAACGACGACGAAUGAGCGCCACCCCUGCUCUCGACGUGCCCCUCUCGACGUGAGGCACGCCAGGCGCACGGCUGGAUAUGAACAGCAAGGCAGCAAUGGCAUCCCGUCGCUGCUCGCCCGCACCCGCCAUGACAUGCAGUACCUGCAUCGAGACCGCUCGGGAUCGGUCGUUUCGUGCCCGUGUCGUCAUCAGGGUCUGCUCGUCUCCAUAGCCAACCUCUGAAUUCUGCUUUACGACUCGGUACUUUGGAUACCAUAGACUUAUAGCGUUUUGAAAAGCAUUCAACUAUCUUCUAUCUCGCUUCUCUGUCCCAAUACCAUGGCAUGC